AUGACCUAAUAUCCACAUAUAGAUGGCCGUAAUACAUGGUGCAAUCUAAAGUACAACAAAAGUUGAUUAAAAAUCCAAAAUCUCUUUUUCUUUUCCAUUAACAAUAACAUAAUUAAAAUUGUUUGUGUAAUGUUCCACGUUUAAGUACUUUGUAGAAAAGUCUUUCUCCCUUUCCCCUCUAUAAAUCCCACACACAUUGAUCCUUAGUCCAUAAGCAAAUAUCAAAGCCAAAGAAAAACAAUAAUCCCAUUCUCUGACUCUAAAUUCAAGAGAUGGAGAAGAACGUACCAUUAAGCAAGAAGCUAUGGAACAUCGUACGUUUUGUCAUGUACAUGUUACACAAAGGCAUCUCCAAGCAAAAGCUCCUCGCCGACUUUAACGCCACUCUCAAACGCGGCAAGAAUCUCAUGUUCCACAACCCACGCCGCGUCCCAGCCAUCGCCCCAUCACAGCCGCGGAAAGAAUACGAGUUUAGCUGCAGCGAUACUCCAAACUACUCAUUCCCCUUUAGCAUGGCCGCCUUCAAGAAGAAGAGUUACAACAUUGGUCUCUUCGCGUGUGGCAACGCGCCACCGACCAUGGACGACGAUACCUCUGCAUCCAGAGCCGUACUGGAGCUUCUCAACGGCCUCGGAGGACAAGAACGUGGCAGUAACACGCCGGCUUUGUCCGUCGAGGCUUUGACGGCGUUGUCUCCUUACUUGCCCGCAUAUGAACGGAGUUCUCCGUCAGUGAGACCUUUACGUGUGACGGACUCACCGUUCCCAAUAGGGGAAGAUGGUGACGUGGCUAACGGACACGUGGACAAAGCGGCGGAUGAGUUUAUAAAGAAGUUUUACAAGAACUUGAAUCAGCAAAAGAAGAUGAUUGAGUUCUCGCCUUAUUAAUAAGUAUUUUUCUCUAAAUACUUUAUCUCUAUUUUCUGAGUUAGUUCGAAGUUCGUAUAAUAUUUUUGGAGGGAGUGUAUAAUAUUUUUGGAGGGAGUGUGGGGGAUUAGAUUAUCAGAAUAAACAGUCAUUGGGUGACUAUUCAGAAUGGUGCGUUCUCUAUAUUAACCUGGAAAAUGUAAUGGGGGAUUAGAUUAUCAGAAUAAACAGUCAUUGGGUGACUAUUCAGAAUGGUGCGUUCUCUAUAUUAACUUGGAAAAUGUAAUGGAUUUUUAAGAGACUACUUUCUUGAAAUAAUUGAAAUAAUGAGUUUAGAUUCUGAAUGAAAUGCAUUCAUAUGAACAUGCACCCAUAUGUUCUCUGAUGCUAAAUUAAAACAUGGUAUUUUAAGCACUGUUUUUAAACCUAUACCGAAACCAAAUGGUCGGCCCGGGUUAAAACUAUGAACCACAUUCGGGUCAUGUGGAUAAAAACUGAAUUGGUACAAUAAAAUUAAUUUUAUUUUUUAUCUUUUAAACUAUUAUAAGUACUACAAAUAAUUUUUUAAAAAAAUUAUAUUCAAUAUUUUAGUUUUUAUGAUUCACAAUGAUAAAUAGUUAAAUCAAAAUUUUGAUUUUAUAUUUGAAGUCAAAAUAUUAGUUUUAUAUUUUAUUUUCAUUUAGUUUGUACUUAAAUUUUAUUUCACAGUUACUUCUAUUGAAAACUUUAAUAACUAAACUUAAUUAUGUCUAUAAAAUUUACCAGAGAUAACUAACUAAGAUAUCCAUCAGUUCAAUUUUUGAUUCUUAAUUUCUUUUUUUUGGUGAUUCAAAUCACUUGGAAGCAUUGAUUGUUAACAUUUUGCAAUAAAUAUUACUAAAAUUUUACAUCUUUAACCUAACAAAAUUGUGGUUAAUUGUAAAAAAAAUUAGAGGUGGGAGCUAGUGCACCUCCCUCGAAAAUGUGGUGUUAACGGAAAGAAGGAAUGUUCCAGAGAAGUGCUUUCUAAGGCCAUGAUUAUCGAAGGUUCUUAAUAGGGUUUUUAGUUUAAUUAUGAAUUAAAAAAAAAAUAACAAUUAACAUAAGCAACAUAUCUUAAUUAGGGUGCAUAAGAGAUGCCUCUUGUAAGCUAGGCGUCAGCUUUUUGUAGAUUCUUCAAUGGUGUCUGUAGUUUCUUCAACCACUCUCAUCACCUCCUCCUUCCAACUCUCUCUUCUCCUUCCCCACCAGCUUCUAUCCAGUUUGCUCAACCCUCUUCCCUCACCUCAAUCUGCUCCACACAAGUGGCUGUGAUAAUGAAACUGCGUUUACAUCCCACCAAUGCAGCUCGUGUACAGCUUCCUGAUGGUUCUUUGCUGAAUGAAGGCCUAGGUGGUUUGAGAUUCGUUUAGUGAAGUUGUAGCACACCAAGAUUCAUUUGACAGGAGUCAACCAUGUCUUGUGAUCUUAGCUUGAAAUGGUAAAUGUGUUCUUGCGGGUUUUUUUUUCAGUAUAAAACAAUGUCUUCGUUUCUAUUAACUGCAAAAUGGUUUUUUUUUUGUGAAAUGGAAUUGCUGCAUUGUUUGGUCUUGAAUGCUUUGAUUGGUACUGCAUUGUUUGAUCUUGUUUUUUGAACAAUAAAAAACAACAUUUUUUUAAGAACCCCUUAAUAAGAAACUACCAUUGGAGAAUAUGAAUCAAGGUGUUUCUUAAACAAGGUUUUUAUUUACAUUUAAUUAGUAAAAUAUUUAUUAAGAGACCUAAUGGAAUUUGUGGGUUAAUCAUGCUCUAAGUGCUCAAAUCACCACUAUCUUUUUUGUUUAGGGCAUCUCCAACCAUAACACCAAAUUUAGUGUUGAAAUUAUACCAAAUUUUUCAACACCAAAUUUGGUGUUUUAGUGUUAAUUUCUUUUAUCAUCUCUAAUCAUGACAUCAAAUAUUACAUUAAAAAUAAUAUUAUAUAUUAUUUGAUGUUUUCAAUUUUAAUAAUUUUAAUAAUUUUAUCAUUUGAAAUUGAUAAAUAUUUUUU